AUGGCUGGCCCAAACUUGCCAUCCAGCUUCGCUUCGGCCGCAGCAGGCCAGAACUCCGGUCGCGACAGAGGCAGCACCCGAGGUGACUCUCGUGGCAGUGGCAGUGGCAGUGGUGACUGGCUACGAAGGGACGGCCGUUCUAAUGGGACUGCUAUCCUCCGCCGAUCGUCGACCACGCCCUUCAACAACCAAGCGUCAACACUUCCCGCGAUAGACAAUCUACUCAACGCCUCUGCCAACGAGCCCCAGCCUCCUUCUGCUUCUCCUUUCGCCUCUGCACAAGAAAUCCCGAGUAGCAAAUACUCCAGAGACGACCUGCUUGAUGUUGGCAAGAUGACGGACCCAGGCAACGUUGAUCUGCAAGCAUUGUUCAUGUCAAGCUUCAGUCCUAGUGGCCAUGUUAAUGGACAAAAUACCAGGGGUUGGGGCAAGCCUAAUGACGCACAUGCUCACAACGAUCCUUCCGUGUGCUGGGACCAAGACGGGGAAUUAGGCCCACUUGGUAACCAAGACAUGUCCGUUGAGGAAAAGGAGCUUUACGCCUCAGAUGUCAACUCUCCUCUGAAACAGCAGCAGCAACAGCAGCAGCAACAAAACCAGCAGAGCAAGGAGGGUGGCCAGAGCGCGGGCGUCAACGGACGAAAGCCGUCCAUGUCUCACAACCUGACUUCACCUUCCGGCGCACCGAGACCCGCCACGCGCCGCAGGGAGACUACAGACACCAACCCCUUCUCUGGCGGCGGAGGUUUGAUUUCGCCCGUCGGCGCUGGGCCCAGUCGAUUUGAUAUGUCCUGGCUGGGGAGGAAUCGCGCGGAUACCAAAGAGAUUGACGCCCCUGACGAAUCAAACAAACCUAGUGGCGCUACAGAUCCUGCAAGGCAGGCCGGAUUUACUGGGCUGGCUCGCAGCAACACCGCCGGUGGUGCUGGUUUUCCAUCUGUUUGGGGCGCCUCGGCCACCACCACACCCGUGACCACGACGGGCUUCGGCGGGUUCGGCAACUUUGCCAUCGCCACACCUGGCGCCGCCGACAAGGGAUUUGGGGGCAGCACCGGUUCCCGCUUCUUCUCGAGGAAGGAAGACAAUGUACCCCUUGAAGACCACGCCACCGGUUCGAACGGAAGCCAGCAAUGGGCAACCCGCUCCCGCACUGACACGGAUCCUUUUGUAGGAGACGUAGGCCUCAGCGGCAGUGCUGCUCUUGGUGGUGCUCGAGACACAAGCCCCCCGCCUAUGCCAACGACAGGGCCCCAGAUCUUCGACACGCCAGCCAAGGGUACCACGGGCGACUUCGGCAUGUCGGGUCUCAACCUGGGGGCCGCGCGGGAGCGGAAUGCGUCUUCGGCUAGUCCCUCUCAGACCAACCCUUACCGCAGCCCCCCGGCAGAGCGUGGAGACAACGAGCCUGGCGACUACAGCUACGACAAGUCGCACCCGGUCGGCGCGCAAUCUGAACAGAACUCCAAUUUCGGCUCAAUCCGUGGCUUUCCCGCUGCCGCAUUUGAUGGUAGCGAUCGCAGCCAGACCUCAAGCGUCGGUGCCAAGAAUUACCCAUCCCUGGGCAAUAUCGGAGGAUGGCCUACUGGAUUCCCCAGUGCGACCCCUGACCGCGAGCGCUCUGCGUUCGGUGGCGCUUUUGGGAGCUCCGUCUUCAGUCCCAUAGGCGGCGACAUGCAUUCUCCCGGUUUGGGCAGCAUUGGAGGGCUCUUUGGGACAGGAAACGGCGGCCUCGGAGGAGCGGGCUCACUGAGGGGUGGCAGCAAAAUCCAGUCACUGUUUCCUCCUGCCAUGCAAGCCCAGAUGCAGAACCAAGAGACCGAGUCGCUGGCGGAUUCUGUCCCCGAUUUGAGGCAAACCAACCCAUUGGGCGUUAUUGGGGCCGGCACAAUCGGCUCUCAGCGCGACACUGAUAGUCCGGUACCGAUGGGCGGGCGAGGUCUCAUGGACAUCUUUUCGGGACCCCAAUCGGUCAGCUCGCCUAGUCUCUUCACCACCGCUGAUCACAACCAGCCCCUUCUGGCCACGGCUCCGCAAGGUCAUGCCUUUGUCGGCACGGCGCCACAACCAACCUCAUUCACUCCUGAUCCUACAGCUGCUGGGCCUCCACAAUCGCAGGCUAGAACCAUGGUCAUGCCAGAUCGUAUGCGCUGGGUCUACAUGGAUCCCCAGGGUCAACAACAGGGGCCAUUCACAGGUCUUGAGAUGAAUGAAUGGUACAAAGCCAACUAUUUCACUCAAGAUCUCAGAGUUCGCAAGGUGGAGGAUCCAGACUUUGAACCUCUAGGCCAACUUAUUCGUAGGAUAGGCAACUCUCGCGAGCCGUUCCUUGUGCCGCAGGUUGGCAUUCCACACGGGCCUGCACCCCAGGCCGGCGCCUUCCCUCCAGGAGGUGAUGCUCGAGGUGUGAUACCACCUCUGCUCGGCGUCGUCCCCAGCUACGGCAAGACUUUGACCGCCGAGGAGCAGAACAAUCUGGAGCGCCGCAAGCAGGAGGAACAGCUCGCGAUGGCCCGGCAGAGGGAGGUGAUGUCGCAGCAAGGCCACUUCCGUAACGUCCAUACUGGUCUUCCUGGUGGUCUCCAGCACCAGGCCAGCAUGCACAGCUUGCAGAGUCAGCCAAGCUUUGGGAGUAUGACUUCGCCCAUUGGGAUGCCCCCUCAGCCGCCCAUUGGCGGCGCGAUAGGGGCUCCUACGCCAGGCUUCUUCGAGCAGCCUUCGGCUGUCAAUAAAGCAGCAGGUCUCCCGAACGCUAUGAGCGCAGGACCGGACCAUGUUCGACAGGACUUGACGGACUCAGAGCGCCAAUUGAUGGCGAAUUAUCACGGACCUGGUGGCGUCUCCGGUAUGUUCCCGCCUCAGCCUGUCGGUCCUCCUGCAACAGACCUCAAGGGUCGACUUCCGAACGUCGACCAACUGGAGAGGGAUCCCGAGGGGUUCAAAGAUAGACUGAAGGAAUUUCAGGAAUACCAAGGCAUACCCACACAACGCGCCGACGAGGAAGCCCAACCAGGCCCUUCUCAAAGUGGGCCAACCAGGGGACUGGCUGACGAUGCCGUCGCUGCGAACCUUGCCGAGGCCGCUCGAGUGAUCAAGGAGGCCACUCAGGAGCCUUUUCAGUCGCAGCCCGAGUCGAAGCAUGCUGAGUCGCAGCAGAACCGACAGCCCCAUCCAACACAGAGCCUUUCACUGACCCAACAGGUCCAGAAGGCGCAAGCUGAUGCUGCUCAAGCCGCUCAACGGCAGGUGCAGGAUGAAGAUGCGUGGGCAAAGCAGUCCGCGUCCACCGGCCUUCCCAUGCCCUUCCCUCCGCCACCUUCGGUCUCUACACAUCUCCCUGCGCCGACUGCUCAGCGGCGGUCCAAUAUUGCCGACCAGUACGCUGAGUCACGCUCCCAGAGUCAGACUCCUGAUAGUGCCGCCGCUGCCCCUCCCCCAUUGGCACCCUGGGCUCGCGAUCCUGGAUCCGAUGCGCAAAAGGGACCUAGUCUGAAGGAGAUCCAAGAGGCCGAGGCCAAGAAGGCGGCCAAGCUCGAGGCAGAGCGCCGCGCCGCGCACGAGAAAGAGGCUGCGCUGGCCAAGGAACGCGAGAAGGCCAACCCUGUCGUGCUACCCGGGCUGCCGACGUCCAGCACCUGGGGCAGUGGGUCUCCGGCUCCGUCGGUGUCCAGCCCUUGGUCCAAGCCGAGUGCAGUCAAAGCUGGCGUUGUAGCGACACCUGUUACCCCAACUAGCGGCGAUCGUAAGAAGACGCUGGCCGAGAUCCAGCGCGAGGAGGAGGCGCGCAAGCAGAAGGCGGUCAAGGAGCAAGCUUCGCAGACAGCUGCAGCUGCUGGUGCCUCCGCCUUGGGCAAGCGAUAUGCCGAGCUGGCCAGCAAGACUGGACCCCCAGGCAUGACGACUGCCGCUGCCGCUACUGUGGCAGCCGCCGCCAACGCCUCACCCACUAUCGCCAGCGGCUGGGCGACGGUUGGUGCUGGUGGAAGGGUUAAGGUACCCACUGGUCCUGCCUCGCAUUCCUCUCAGGCCCAGGGUCAGCAAGCUCAGUCGCCGAGCCCCUCUACUGUUCGCUCCCCGACAUCCCAACUGGCGAAGCCGCAGGUCAAGCCUGCCACGGCCGCUGUCGCUAAGAGCAGCGCUACUAGCGAAGCCCAGGGCGAGUUCCAGAAGUGGGUCAAGGCAGAGCUGACCAAAGGGCUCAACCCUGGCACCUCGGUCGAUGAGGUGGCGGCGUUCCUGACGGGCAUCCCUCCCGAGAGCGAUAUGAUUAAGGACAUCAUAUACGGGGCGAGCUCCACCAUGGAUGCACCGCGCUUCGCGCAGGAGUUCAUUCGCCGGAAGAAGCAGGCGGAGAAGGGCAUCUUCGAGCCUGCUGCAGUCAGCGAGUCCAAGGCCGGGUCUGGUGCUGGUGGAUGGUCCGAGGUGGCUAAGAAGGGCUCAACCAACCAGCCCAAGGACAACGACGUCGUUGGUGCGGCAGGCUUCAAGGUUGUUCCUGGAAGGAAGAAGGGCAAGAAAUGA